AUCAAAAAGAAGGCGGUAGUGGUUGGGAACUUUAGCUGCGGCAAGACUUGCAUGAUCACGCGGAUGGCUAAAGGACACUAUCCAAAGGUAUGUUGCUUUACCCUUUGCAUCACCGAAACCGUCCGGAUCGCAGUCGACGAGGAGCCCAUGGAGCUAUCCCUCUGGGACAUCCGCGGGAUUGACUACGACCCGACGUGGCUCAACGAUGCUCACGUGGCCCUGGUUUGCUUCAGCGUCAACAUCGGCUCCACGGAUUCCAAGGGGAAGCAUCUCGGACGCUGGGUAGCAGAAGUCAACCGCAACUGCCCCGGCGCAGCGAUCCUCCUCGUCGGCCUCAAAGCCGACAUCCGUUUCCACGCGCGGUCGGUCGAAAAGCUCCGCCGCAGCGGGAAAGCCCUCGUCACCCCGGAGCAGGGCGAGCAGUUCCGCGAAAAUAUCGGCGCAUCACGGUACUUGGAGUGCUCGGCGCGGACGGGCGACGGCGUGCUCGAGGUGCUGGGGGAGACGGCAAGGGUGGCUAUGCAGAUUAACAAGGACAGCCGGAAGAAA